UGUGUCAUGGCGUCCAAUUAUAUACCCGACGUUCUAGCAUUCUUAUGGUCCCCGUAAAACGUAAAAUCGGCUUGAAAAUACGUUAAUUCACGCAACAUACAGUCCUACAUUGUCCUAGCAUUAAUGGUAAUGCAUGCAAGGAAACUUCCAAGGCUCAAUGAUGGGUACUUUGACAGGAAUCAAGCCCAUCCGUACGAGAACUCUAGUAAGUACAGUUCCAAACUGAAACUUGGAAGCCGGUAUAACGACAAGGUGCGAGAAUCCCCAUCCAACGGUAGCAGCCACGGUCGUAGCAACAGCCCGGACAGUCGACACAGUCCACGUUAUCACAAGUUUUCAUAUAACCAGAGGCUUAAGGAGCGUGACAAAGACCACGAAAGAGGAUACAUUAGGUAUGACAGCAAGUACAGGAAUGCAUCUGGACACGUUAGAUAUUCUCGUGCCAGCAGAUACAAGAGUUUGUCCGGCUCCAGUAAGUCACCGGCUUACAAGGAUCGUGUCAACAAGAGUUCGUUAGGAAGUGGUUCAAGCAGCAACAACAAGGAUCAGCACUCUUCAAAGUCUUGCAGUUCGGAUGUCUCGGCACACCGCACCAACCAUGAUAGAAGUCACAAUGAGGAAAACAAAGAAAAAAGACAACAAGUGGGGGAUUGGUCCGAGCACGUCAGUUCCUCAGGGAAGAAGUACUACUACAACUGUAAGACAGAGGUUUCUCAGUGGGAAAAGCCAAAGGAGUGGAUUGAAUGGGAAAAGCAACAGGGAAUUUACAAGUCUUCAUCGUCCAGUGGCGGUGGCUCGGAUUCCAGCAGUCGGUCGAAGCCCCGGAGCCAUGAGCGUCAAGCUACAUCUUCAUCCGCAUCGGGAGGCUGCAAUGUUAGGCAGGGUGAGAAACAUUCCAGUAGCGCAACUGUUUCAAGUUCAACGAGGGCGUACCAACACUCUUCUCGACCACACAAUGACACACGUAGGAGUUCUGCGUCAUCAUCACGGGGAUCUGAUCCUCGGAAAGAUUCGCAAAUGCAGGACAUGGACAUUUCUCCUGCCAGUAGUGGCACUCCAACAAGUUGCCACGAGUCACUACCCCAGUCUCGAAACGUGACCCCUUCCUCUCAAGCAGCCCCCUCUCUCCUCCUCUCCCCUUCCCAAGUGACCCUUGCCAACCUUCCAAAAAUGAUGUCUCAACUGGCUGGGACCAGAGGGCUCCCCAAUCUUGACGACAUGUCACCACAGGAAGCCUUCCGGACAAUACAGCAGGCUCUGCAGCUGACCAAGCAGGCACAAACUACUGGACUGAGUCAAGCGACAUCAAGCUGUGUAACACAGACAGAAGGCUUGAAGGGGACAUCACCAUCUAUGUACCAGGCGCACACGACACCUAUUGCAAGUCAUCGAGCUACUCAGAGCUCUUCCGGAGUGUGCAUGCCAGGGCUUCCUCUCCCUGCUGGGUUGCAGGGUCCACCACUUACGCCUGGUACCUUAGAUGGCAAAGGGGCGAGUGCUGGGGACUGUAGAGAUGGUGGAGCUGCCUCUCCGGGCUCUGACUACAGUGCUCAUUCUUCUAGGCGAGAUAGUCCUACUUCCUGUGUGAGCAGCUUACAUAGCAUAAGUGGCACUGGGACCAGCUCACUGGCCUCUGCAGUAUUAAAACCAGCUGUACCGAGCCUCACUCCAUCACUGGCCAAUUACUACAAUGAAAGCCUCAUUUCUCAUGUUACUGGCUGGCAAGCAGAUCAUGCUGAAAGACAGGCGAAUCGCUAUAGUGAAGAAGCUCAUACACUAGGAAGUUUAAACUGCACCCGUGUUUCUGCCGAGCUAAAAAUGGCCCGGUCCCUUGUAAGGUUGGCUGAAAUUCAGGCAACGUUACAAGAACAGAGAACCCUAUUUUUAAGACAACAAAUCAAGGAAUUGGAAGAGCUGAAAAGCCAGGUGACGUUUAUGUCUGACUCAUAGUGAGUUUAGGUGAAAUUUUAAGAAACAAAGAGCACCGCCCAAGAUGACUCAUGCCAUACUGUGACAGUCUGGGAAGUUGGCUGCAAUUUUUCUUAUUUUAAGAAAAUUCCACAGGGAGCUCCACACUGUAGGACAACAGAGUUGCAGCACCGGACUCUCAAUGGCUUAGCUGCGGGUCUCUGUCUCUCCCUCUACAUUUUAAAAAAAAUAUGUGCACACACGCUUUUGAGUUUCAACCCUUCCUGCUUCAACAGCACUGAAAAGACUGGAACCUGUGGAACCUUGUGGGCCAUUGUAAGGAACCCAGGCUUGCAAGCUAGAAGGGGCUGCUUGACGACGUGUGCUGACAGUGCAGUUGGCCUUGUUUUAUUGUUUAUGAUUUCGCGUUCCUGUAUAUAUGUCUAUCUAUACAUAAGUCUGAAAUAAACGGAAGAAAAUGAAGAAAAGUGACACCAGGCAUUGGACCUCUUCGAAAACGAGUGUUUCUAACAACCAUAACGGGACUGCAUGGCACCCAGAAAAUCUGCGGCGAAGUAUUGAGUUAAAAUGAAUGAACUGUUAUAUGAAUUGGACAGCUAUUCCCUACACGUAGGCCAUUUGUCUGUCUUGGCGGGAUGUACUGCCCACGACUUGUCUAGCUGCUUGGAAUCGUGCAGCAUCCAUGCCCCUGUAUGUUCCACACAGACACUCCCGAAUGUUGUAGUUUGGCUCUGUGUGUUGACUGCAUUUGAGUUGGUUGUUUUUGUACACUACCCUACGUGUAGUCACUGCUAUGAAGGACACACUGUUUUUGCCCAGUGCAUCUGGGGUGGUUUUCCCGGCAUUGGCAACGAGAGCACUUUGUGGCUCUGCACGAUGACAACUGCAUUGUCUUCAAUUUGUGGGUUCAUAGAAGCUAAUGUGUGCAAUUUCUGUAAAACAAAAAUGUAGAAAGACGAGAGAACAGCCAACAGAGCUUUCCACGCCUGCGGACCAUGUCGGGAGUCGUUUCUUUAUGCCUGACACGGAAGCAUGUAAAAGAAAACGUGUUGCAUAACACAGCGAAGUACUUGAAGAGUUGUAGCGUGAGCCAGUUUUUUUUUUCAUACUUUUUCUUGUUUCGUGGUAUCUGCUGUAGCAUUUGUUGCAUCCAAUGCUGAACUGAAAGACCGGCAUGUACAUAAGUUUUUUUAGCCUACAUAUUUGUUGGACUUUAUUGCUAGGAACAACCUUUCAGCGUAGGCCUAAAACUUCCCCGUUACAAGUUGCGUGAUAUGUUUUCAAUGUAUAUGGCAUUUGACUUGCACAUAAAUUGUGUAGAGUAUGGCAUUGUCAGUGCUCUCUUAUGUACAUACAUAACAUUUUAAACUGCCUGAAGCCGUGGAUGUGGGUAUAUUUAUAUUGUACAUCCGGGAUUGGGGGGGGUUUCAUACUGGGUUUGAUGAAAAGGGAAGGAGUGCUUCUGAGACUGUGCAAUGCUUCUGUCUAGGUGACUUACUUCAAAACUGUGUAAACAACUUAUUCCCUUAUGUUCUUAACUGUUGACUGCCUGGGGUAGAUGUGUACUGCUAUAAAUUUUGCAUUCAUGAACAAUUUCACACAAUUAAUGUGAACCUUUAUAAGGGGGAGGGGUUUGGACACAAAUCUGCAUUACUGUGUGUGCCAUUCUGCCUGUGGGCAGCAUUAAUUUGCAGUGUGUGUGUGACCUAACAUGACAAAAAAAAAAGGAAAGUAAAGAGAGCUAUUUGUCUGAAAAAUAUGUUGUCAGCAGACUUCACCUGUAGACAGUUUUUGCCUACUGCAAGUAAUUUUAUCAAACUUAGUUGCAAAAUAUUUAAUUCUCAAAAUUUAACUGAAAAAUUUGCAGGCUGCGCCUAGUUUGCUGUGAGCUUACCGCUAUAUUUAUUUAUUUGUUUGUUUGUUUAUUUAUUUAAAUAAACAAAUAUAGCAGUAAGCUGUGAAUAGUGGAAAUGUGAAUAGCUGUGUAGUGGAAGAUAUAUAUGCAUUCUGAAAAAAAGGCAAGGCCAUCCUGCCACCUCGAAUUUUCUUCUCACUGCUGCUACGGAUAGUCGCAGUGCUGUAUCUUUGUUGCCAUCAUUAAUAUAAGCACUCAGAAGGAAACUUAAACUGGAGAUGCAUCUCCAAACAAUAAUCUUCACACAUACUGUAAACGUCUUUUUAUUUGAGAUGUAUUAAUUUUCGCGAAUUUUCCGACCGCUAAAAAAUCGCUAGAAAUUGUACUCGCGAACACAGCUUGACAUUGAUCCCGGGGAAGGAAACGGACCUGGAAUCGCGAAAUUAAAUACUCGCGAAUAACUUCCCAAAUGCGAUUCGCGAAAAUUAAACAUAACGAAUAAAAAUACGUUUACAGUAUUUGUUUUCAGUCUGGAAAACAAAAGUACUUCAGCCAGGCAAACACGUGAGCUCAAUUCAAGAAACAAUCUCGCACUACUAAAACUUGAGAAAAUUACUUGUAGCAUGCGACGAAAGUUUAAGUAAGAGGGUUGCUGUUGACCCCAUGUCUUACAAGUUCUCUAACAGUAAAUUUUUCGUAACAUUGGGUGAACUACGCUGUACAAGAUUUUGUUUGAAAGUUUUAUUUCAUGAGUCAGUAUAAACAACCUCCUCACAGUGAGAGGGAGGGGGCUGCAUGUGAUCAAUAGUGGAUGCAAAAAGGACAGUAAGAGAGACAAGGAAAAACUAAGCACUGCAACAAAGAUAAAAGGGCAUAGAGAAUCUGCAUUAUAAAAAAUGUUCCAUUCGCACUACUGAGCUUCCUGCUGCUUCUGUUGUCACAUUUAACGCACCAGAAAGCCUUUACUUUCCGAAUUCAUAAAUGAUGUAUAUAGCAAAAAAAAGGAAGAAACCUCGAAUAUAUUGUAGCCAUUCUGUAUACCCAGUGGAUUUACUGCACGCAAGACAUUUUCAUUGGCAUUACCCGAGCCAGAUUUCAAGACUGCAUCUUCCGUGUUACGAUGGUGAGAGCGUCUCUCACGCAAUGUAUGCAAGCUAAGCUUAAUUGUUCGAAGGUAGCGUCUCUCCCUCUCUGCCCUUCCGUAUUUGUUAGAGGCAGUGCCCUCCACCACCUGUGUGUGGCUGUGGUGGGAUCUGGGUUUGUAAAUUGGAGUACCCAACCCAGCAUUGGUACAUAGAGGACCAGAUAUCUUAUUUUGAUAUUUCUGUCCAGCUGCUGAAGCUGUCCAAAGGGCGUAAAACACAACUGUUCAGCUGAAUGAACAGCUACUCACUGGUUUACACUUUCAAGUUGCGGAGCAGUACCUGUUGCGUUUAAAGUACAUUUCUUAUUUAUCGUGUUUAGCACUGGACGGUGCGUGUCACCCGGAAACCGGUUUGGUGGUGUGCGCUCGGCUGUUAGUACAAUAUUUUGGUGGUUACUUUUGAUUUGGGGGAAAUGAGUUGUUUGUCAUGGGCGCUUAAAACGUUCAUGGUCCCAAAUGGAUUACCUCAAUCUGACGACUACUGGUUGUAGUAAUGCAGUUUCUACAGAAAUCGUUUGUCCUGCGUUUUUAUCAAGUUGUUAACUAUUGUUGCCUUUACUGAGUAAAUUCUGUUCUAGGUGAAGGAAUA